AUGGCCGGGCUCCUCUCCUCUCUGUCAUCCGCGACCCUGGUGGCGGUUGCAGCAAUUACCGUCAUUCUCUUCCUUGCUCUUGUGUACUUCUUCAUUCCCCCUGCCAGUUUCCCCCGGAAUAUACCCGCUAUACCCUUCUACUAUGCGCUGCUGCCUCUGGUCAAGGACGGCGACCAGGAAGCGCUCUACCACACCUAUCUGGAGCCGCUCUUCGAGCAACACGGAGCUGCAAAGAUCUUCUUUGGCGGCCGGUGGAACAUCCUUGUGCAGCGUCCAUCCUACAUUGCCGAGGUAUUCAAGUACGAAGACACAUAUGCAAAGAGCGGAAACCAGAAGAAGAUCCCGUACAGUGUGCUAGCAGAGUACACUGGCGACAACAUCAUCAGCUCCCACGGCGAAAAUUGGAAACUUUACAGGUCGAUCCUUCAGCCGCCCCUUCAACAGGAUCAGGACCCCGGUCCGAUUUGGCGGAACUCCCGACUUCUGAUCAGCCUGCUGUUGGAGGAGCAGAAGACAUCCCCACAUGGCUCCGUUCUGCUGCCUCAGCUCCUCCAACGGUUUACCCUAGCCAACUUGUCGGAAGGGCUUCUGGGGACAAGCUUCCAGACUUUACAACAAAAGGAUGCGGCUCUCCACAAAUUUCAGAUGAUGCUCAAGCCUCUGAUUUUCGAUCCUGUCUUUUUGAAUUUUCCAUUCUUGGACCAUUUUAACUUUCCCAGCCGCCAGAGAGCCCGCCGGCUGGCAAGACAGUUCGCCAAUGAACUAUGUCAAACGGUACAGCGGGGCCACCAACACGCCCAUACGGACAAGUCGACUUCGAACGUUGGAUGCAGUGUCAUUGGGGCCUUUGAGCAGGGAAUUCUUAGCGAGAAGCAGUUCAGGAACAACAUGGUUAGCGUCUUUCUGGCCGGCCACGAGAAUCCACAGCUGCUGCUCGUCUCGAUGAUGUUCCUGCUUGGUGAGCAUCAGGAAAUCCAGGAAAGAGUUCGCGAGGAGGUACUCUCGCUUGGCGAAGACGAGCUGCCGUAUUCUGUUCUCCAAUCGGCUCCGUUCUUGACGUCAGUCAUAUACGAGACCCUGCGGAUGUAUCCUCCGAUCUCCCAGCUGAUUAACCGUCGUACGACCAAGCCUGUUCUUCUGGGAGGCAAAAUCCCUCUUCCGGCUGGCACGUACAUCGGCUACAAUGCGUAUGCGACCAAUCGAGACAAGCAAUCCUGGGGCGCCGACGCCGAUGAGUUCAAACCCGAGCGCUGGGGUCGCACAGUCGAUGAGAUCAAUGUGACGUUCAGAAAAGCGAACGCCAAGGGAGCCUUCAUCUCGUUUCACGGGGGUCGCAGGGCAUGCCUUGGCCAGAAGUUUGCCAUGUUUGAAGCCAGGAUCGCAAUGGCAGAGAUACUGCGGUCGCUAAGGUGGAAGAUCGAUCCGACCUGGCCUCGUAGAAUGACACCAGUGAGCUGGCCCUCUUUACCCGAGAAACCUGCGGGUUGAAGUCGAGAAGAUACGCCCAACGGUCGUAGCAGGACUGUAAUCGUAGUUUGUCAAUGCAUAGUUAUUUUUAUCCAUAUCUCUGUACAUACGACAGACGGACAAGGCUGUCGUCGUUCUGCACGCCAACCCAAAUACAUAUGCGUCUUUCGAU